AUGCAGCUGCUGAGCGCGUUCGCAGAAUUGCAGUUUCGUGAGGUGAAGUUUCUGCGUCUUCUAGCACAAGCUUUUCUGCAGAAAAUUCGGCAACAAGCCUUGGCCGAUCCUCCUCCACUGGAGGAUGGGGAUGCGACACGAGCAGGGCAGCAUGUCUUUACGGGUUGUUCGCUAAAUGAGAUAAUUGACACAACCAUGUACGAUAUGUCACUCAGUGGGAAAGUUAUUAUUAAGAAGAUGAUGCGUAGAGUUUCCUUAUAAGUAGAUAAAUAGAUAUGUUAAUCUUCCUGCAGCUUCUAUUCUCUGGCACGAAUAUCCCGCCGAGAAGACGUCUUCAUGAUUAUAGAUAGAUCAAAUAUCUGGAUAUGAAAAUAUUAUGGACGUUGAAGCUCCUUCUAAUUUUUCUGCUGAUCAUCAACAUCUAGUACAUGAUCGAGAAGCGAACAAGUCCUCCUCUUUUCCAGUUGGGCAGGUUUGCGCAACAAUGCGUGCCUACGCAAACCUGCGCAUGCGGCAUCCAGAUUUCUUUGCCGCAACUGCCCGCGUUGUACAUCCACGAGUGAAGGACUUGAGCGAGAAAGAGGCAGCGUUCCUGCUGCACGCGCUUGUUUUACGCACAGUAUCGGACAAGGUGUAUCAACAACAUGCGGAUGCGCAGCAUGAAGAAGCUGAGCUGUCCUCCACAAAAUCGCGGAGUUAAGGAAAGUUUUCCACGAGGAUCCGUUCUCUGGUGUACGAUCAUAGAUCAAAGCUUCAAGUACUAUACGACUUCUUGCUGCUUAACGGCUAGGAGCGCAUGACAGCUAAUUACUAGACUUGAGCGCCCGGUAGAACUCCUCCCGCUAGGAUCAUCCACCCCCGGCGCGCACCUUCCUCAAUCCCGGCGCGAUUCCGCUCCCCGGCUCCUCCCCCGCCCGACAACCGUCCGGCGGCUUUGAUCGUUGGAGCAAGAGCUGGGCGGGGGACGGCGUGCGGCCAUUGAUUAAAAAGGCACAAAUCGAAGGCGUUGGCCUGUAGGUUUCCCCUUCUUUUGGUGGGUUUGGCAUUCUUUGCGUGCAAGUUGCAGCGUUCGGGUUUGCAAGUGCAACUUGUGAAGAUUCCUCUUCUUGUGAUACAGUCAAAAACUUUGGCUUGGAAGUCUUUCGCCUUCGUUUCUAUUGGAUAUAGUCAAAAGCUUUGGAGUCGAAGUCUCAUCCUUGAAAUUUUGAGACAUCGAGGCGCCACUUUUAAUCUUAAGCGCUCAGCUUUGAGCUAUACACUUCGGCCUUUCAACUUUGUUUGAGCUUUCCCCUUUGAGUCUCCAACUUUGAAUUUUCAGGGGUGGGCUUUCAGCUUAAAGCGUUAAGCUUUAAACUUAAUCCCUCAGCUUCCAAUCUAGCGCGUUAAGCUUCGAGCGUUCAGCUUUCGGCGUUGAGGCUUGGGCCUUCGACUUUCAGUGUUGAGGCUGAGCGUAGGGCUUUGGCUGAUAAAGUCAAAAAUUUGGGCUUUUUGUGCAAAAUUUUUAAUUUUAACGCCCACGAAUUAAAUCAAAUCGCAGCGCGCUUUAUUUUAAUAAAUGCGCGGCGUCGUGUCAGGAGUUCGCGCGUUCGUGUGUUGUGUUUGUUGGUUGAUUUUGAUUAGAAAAGAAGCAGAAAGGUGUCGCUUUUGGUUCAAAUGCUUCCGGUUCGGGUGUUUUUGGUUCGGUGUGUGUUGGGUUCGGAUGUUGGAGGGGUCGUUGUUGAUUUUUUAUAUCGCUCACCAAUAUUCGAGUGCAUAUCUAAGACUUUCGAUAGAAUUCUCAUUCUGGGCAUGUUUUUUUUUUAGAUUAUAACUCUUGGAGCUCAAACCGUAAAAGUUUUGACUUUAUAUCGUAGAGUUUAAAUUUAAUACGCAUAAGCUCAGUAGUUUAGUUCUUCGCUCAAAUCGUAAAAAUUUUGAUUUUAUUUCGUAGAAUUUAAAUACGUUCUGAAGUUCGGGGGUUCACGAGUUUGGGUGUUGGGGGUUCGGAAGUGGAAGAGUGAGGGUUUGGGGCUCGGAAGCGAAAGAGUGAGAGUUUGGCGGGGUCGUUGUUGUUUUUUGAUUGAGUUCUUUAAUAUUGAGUUCCAUGGGCCCCCAUCUAGUAUGUUGUUGCUUCUUUCGCGAGGAGGAUGCAUGUCCAUUAGGGGGCGUGUCUCUCGUUCGUCUCUUAGUUGGGGGAAUUUUUGCUAGAGAAUUUUCACCUGAAGUAAAUCUUGGAGGAGCGUUCUUCGCUUAGUUAAUGAGUCUAAAAAGGAGCAUUUGGACCUGGAGGUGGACAAACGUCACAGCAGACUGCCUCUGUAAUUUCCGAAAGUAGCAUCAUCGAACUUCCUGACUUGGAAUUAAUGAAGGCUCUUCUGUUAUGCUCAGAUUUUUUUACUUCUCUCCCACUUGUCAGACGAGCAUCUUAUUGGUGCCCUUUUUCUUCCCUUGAAAGCGGGGAGCAGUGGUUGUUACUAAGGAUGCAUCUUCUGCAAUAAAGAUAUUUGAAUCGAUGUACAACAAGCGGAGCCCAGUUGUGAGGCCUACUACAGUUUAUCGCUGUCUGCCACGUCAGGCGCGCUCUAACCUCAGCCACAAUACAUGGGCACCGGGCGCAGCUGAAGUAUCAGAGCAUCUUCCAAUUACAAAUAUUCGAAUUGUUCCUGAAGCAUUUGUGCCAUCCAUCCUUCUACGAUUAUGAUCGAUGGUCAGUCAAAUUAUCGUCAACUAACUACCUCUACUAACAAACAGUGAAAACGAAGACGGUUUUCUCGUAGAAAAUUUAUCUUGGACAUUCAUGAUUCUCAUACUGAAAUCGUAGUUAUUUCUCUUGUUGAACGCUAUAUGUUCCAGCGGCCAAGCCCCCCCCGAUCUAACUUUUUGAGGGGGGGGCCUCCCGCCCCUGGCCCUUUUUCCUGAGAGACGGCCGGGCGGGAAGGCCUCCAAAAGCCCACCUCCGACCCCUUCCCGCUUCUUGCCUGGACCCUACAGGGCCCCCAUCCCUGUAGCCGUUCAAGCACCGAAGGCCGGGGGUGCAAGGCUUCCGAAGGUGGCAAGGCUGGGCUUCCUUUGGCUUGUUGCGGCUUGUUGCGUGUACCCUACAGACCCCCAGGGCGCGGGUUCUUCCCUGGGGGAGUCUCUUGGGAGGUGAAAGGCCUCCGACGGAAGCAGGUGGCAAGGCUUGACCCCCUUCGCCGUGCUGCGUGUAUCCGACAGAACCCAGGCGGGCACGCCUUGCCCCCACUCCUCCCCGCCUUUGGUCUUCAACCCCCCGGGCGUUUGGUGGUGACGGAUGAGGGCCAAAGGGGCCAGGCCUCGCGACCGUAGCCGCCUUCGGCGGCCUUCUCCCCCCGGAGGCCGUCCGCCUGAUAAGGUGUGAGAGUCGGGACGCCUGUCGGGUACACGCGGAGAGCCGCCAGGGGCCUCCGGCUCCGCCUUUUGAGGCCUUGACCCCCGGAGGUCUUUACGUGUCACCACCGCGGGAAAAAGGGCGCGCGGACGCCACUACCGCGCCAUCAUGCUCCACCCCUGGAACGUAUGUAAUAUGCUCCAUUGGAUCGCUGCAUUUCUCUAAUGAGCGACGCAAUUGGACUUCGAUGCAAAGCAACUGCUGCGUAAAGCGCGACACGUGCAUGUUGCCGUGGACGAUUAUAUGGCGCAAUCCUCUCGGAUGCAUCGCACGGUCUCUAGUUAUCUAUCCCGAGUGGGGCUUUCUCAUCGCUCCGAGGUACAGCUGGGUCCCUUUUCGCUUGACAUCGUGAUAGGGGAUGACGUGGUUCUAGAGAUUGACGGACCGUCUCAUUUUUUUUUAUGAGCAAGGUUUACAUGGAACAAGAUUGAACAACAAGAAAUACGAAAUAUAACUUUGAUGUAUCUACUGUACCUAUACUUCUUGAUUGGUGGGGCCAACAAAGUUCACAUUGGAGAUGUAAACUAACAAGAGGAGGCAGGAAUUUGGGGAGUUGUGGACACCCACUCGGAAGUUUCAAUUUCAUGCGCUAAUUUGUCGAGAAACCAAUACGCGACUGCCUAGCAGCCUUCUGAAGCACAGCCUCUUGCGAGCGUUAGGCUUCAAGGUUCGGCAUCUGGCGUGGCAGGAGUGGCUGCAGUGUACAACGAGGGAGCGCAAGUUGCUUUACGCUGCAAGCUUGUGGCGUGACGUCCUUCCCUCCCAUCUAUUUAGUGCUUCCGCGAAGCAGGGGCCGACUUCUCAGGGGGCAUUUACUGCGCCGCCAGAGAAAAAGACGUGGUCAAGCACGUCCUCUAUGAUUAAGAAAGAGGAAGUAGACAAGUUUCCUCCUGCGUGCCCGGAGGAGGCAGUGCAAGAUGAAAAAAGAGACAAUAUUGAAUACACAAGAAAUGGAACAGGUGCUCGUCCCGCUGCUGCCGAAGGCAGCAAGGAGCAGCGUGGUUAUGAGCUCGCAGAUGAGAAACUCCUCGUCAGCACGCUUUGCGAAGGCGAUUCCGGUCUACUCAGUGCCGCGGACCUCGAUUUCCUGCGGACACCUGCAAUGGGUGAUAUUCUGGAAAUGGUGAAUCAGCGGAGGCAAGAUGAAGUUGCGGAAAUUUAUUUACAGACUAAAGGAAGGACACAAGAAGCUCAAGCAUAUCAGAGUGAAGAGGAAGAGAUUGUCGCAAAGUUUCGGCAUCUAGUUAAAAAGAAAACCAAAACAAAGCUGGAUGCAGAUGCACAGGCGACGAAAGCUGGUGACAGAGUAAAAUUAGCUGCUGCGACUGCCACUCGACUUCAAGGAGUCGUCACCGAUAUGUCAAUCCUAUCAGAAAACGAUGUCCAUCUGAAUGCAUUACUACACGAGUAGAACCUACUGUUGCUACGGAUCUGUUGUAACUCUGUCUCAUCUCUGCUCUGUAAUUCACUUGUUCUUUUACUAUUUUUCUCUCUCGUGUGUUCGUAGAACGAAGGAAUAUUACGUGGGGAGACUUAGUUCAUUCUGCGGCUGUCACGAGUUCCAGUCUCAACGACGCAUACGUGGAGCGCAGCAUGUUUAUUGAGUCAGGAAUGCAUCUUUGAAGAUGCUGUAGAAUCUAGAGCAAACUAACAGAUCAUGUAGAUGUAGGAAAAGUGAAACUGUCGUUCAUCUGGCGUGAUGUUUGUUCAUAUCUUUGGUUGAAUACAAUAGACUUGUUGAUGGAGCCUGCAAAAAUGAUUUCGCGCGCGCAAAGAAGAAGAAGAACAUCUUCCUCUCUCCAGUACUAUAUUUCAUCGUCCAUUGAAGUAGAGAGAGGGCGUUGUACACGAUCACGAUUUCGACGAUGAGCACCGUCACGUAAGUGCCAACUCGAAUAUACCCGGCCACAUUAUCUCGACUGCUAUCGCAAAAUAACUUUCACGAGCAGUUGUAUGCAAACGGAAGUCGUGGCUCAAUCAAAC